AUGGACAGUCACUCAUUGAAGAGAAAGUCCUUGGGGCUGGAUGUGCCCCGCACUCAGGCCACCGAAUCGCCGCCAGGCAUCGCGGCGCUCUUUGUGAUCCAUUUCGAUAUUAAAGCUGGGUACAUGGUAACCUGGAAGCGUACUGUCCCCGGAGUUGAGGUUGAAGGGGUUGUCGAGUACAAGUCGCUCCCAUCAGGGUUACACAAUGUCUCCGAAGAUUUAGUAUACUUUGUACACGAACAGUAUGCUGGUAUCAGCGCGUUUGUCAAGCAGGAUGCGGAUGAAUCGGAGCGCAAUGCAAAGAUGUUCUCAAUUGGAGUAUUGGUGCCGUUGAGCUCGGGCAGGCUGGGGAAAAGCUGGCGGCAUGCCCCAAAUCUGAAGGAACUGGCUCAGUGCCACGCUGAACAUCCAUUUGACUUCCAUCGAUUAUCCGAAUACUGGGAGAAGUACGAGCUAUCCACGAAUGAGAUAUCGGCGGUGCCGCCUGAUUCACCCCUCGAGUCGCCUUUGAGCUUCCGACUGAGAGCUCCCGGUGAUCAACCUGAUCACCUACAACGAAACCGAGCCAUUAGUGAUGCUAUGGUGCUAGAAACGCCCAGGCCGGCCCUGACGCCUUUUCACCCCGCAUCAUCGCUCCCUGAUUUCCUUAGCAAUUUCGGACCCCUUUUAUUCCCGCUUUAUAGAGCGGCACUCCUACGCAAAAGGGUCCUUUUCAUGGCGGAAGCGCCAGUACAGAUACCAUGUAACUAUGGUAUGAGAGCCUCUAGCUCUAUUUAA